UAGUGAAAAACUUUGUUUUUACGGGUAAAAUUUUUUUUUCUACUCAAACACUCCAGAGGGACUUUCUCGGGCUUCCCUUCAAUUGAGGCAGUGCUGCCAGCAGCGGCAUGGAUUGCUGCCGCUAACCCGCGGUUGGGCUGAAGACCGGCUACGCUUGCCCGGGACACAACGAAAACCGGCGAGAAAGAAGGAAUUCCUGUCUCCGCUACUUUUUUUUUCUUCAAGUGGAGUUCGUUUCAACUUGAGAAGUUCAAAAAUUUGAAUAAAAAUACCUCCGCCAGUGAGUGCCAUGGAGGAAUACACGCCCCCUGAUGGUGGCUGGGGUUGGGCCGUAGUCGUCGGGGCCUUCAUCUCCAUCGGCUUCUCCUACGCCUUCCCCAAAGCCAUCACCGUGUUCUUCAAGGACAUCCAGGAGAUCUUCCACACUACCUACAGCGAGAUCGCGUGGAUCUCCUCCAUUAUGCUGGCCGUCAUGUACGCUGGAGGCCCCAUCAGCAGCAUCCUCGUGAAUAAAUACGGAAGCCGUCCCGUCGUGAUUGCGGGCGGAAUCCUCGCUGGAACCGGAAUGAUAGCGGCGUCGUUCUGCAAUACCAUUUUCCAGCUCUACUUCUGCAUUGGUGUCAUCGGAGGUCUGGGCUUGGCAUUCAACCUGCAACCCGCACUCACGAUAAUCGGGAAGUAUUUUUACAAGAAGCGCCCCAUCGCCAAUGGAAUCUCGAUGGCCGGGAGCCCCGUAGGCUUGAGCACCAUCGCUCCGCUCAACCAGGUCCUCAUCAACAACUUCGGCUGGCGAGGGAGCUUCCUCAUCCUGGCCGCUUUGCUCUUCAACUGCUGCGUGGCCGGUUCUCUCAUGAGACCCGUGGGACCCACUCCGGCCAAAGACUCUCGGAAGAAGGGCAAAGAGGAGGCGCCGAAAGACUUGGAAAACCCCCUGCUCGCGACCUCAAACUCCGAGGCGAAAGACAAGAACUCGUUCUCCAGCCGCUUCAUGCAGCUGCUGGACCUGACGCUCUUCAAGCACCGCGGCUUCCUCAUCUACCUCUCGGGAAACGUGAUCAUGUUCUUCGGAUUCUUCGCGCCUGUUGUUUUUCUCGCCCCCUACGCCAAGCACAUGGGCAUCGAGGAUUACUCGGCGGCCUUCCUGCUCUCCAUCAUGGCCUUCGUCGACAUGGUGGCGAGGCCUACGACAGGCCUCCUGGCGAACCACCCGCGCAUCCGGCCUAAGAUCCAGUACUUCUUCAGCUUCGCCGUCUUCUUCAACGGCUUCUGCCACGUCAUGUGCCCCUUCGCGUCCGACUACACGGGGCUCGCGAUCUACGCCGCCUUCUUCGGCAUGGCUUUCGGCAUGGUGAGCGCCAUGCUCUUCGAGACGCUCAUGGACCUGGUCGGGGCUCAGAGGUUCUCCAGUGCUGUGGGGCUGGUCACCAUCGUUGAGUGCUGCCCAGUGCUUCUGGGUCCACCCAUCGGAGGCUGGCUGGUGGACGUCACGGGCGACUACAAGUACAUGUACUACGUGUGCGGCGCCAUCGUCAUGGUGGCUGGCAUCUACCUCUUCAUCGCCAACGGCAUCAACUACCACCUGCUGGCGAAGGAGAAGCGUGCGCGGGAGAAGGCGGCGGGUGGGGAGAUGGUCGCCCCCGGCACGCACAACUCCCCGCCGCUCGACCCUGCGGAAAUCAAAGAGAGCAAUGCCUAAAGGGUACACGGGCGUUGUGGGGGGCAGGGGGGGAUGGGACACGGUAGCACGGGAGAGGUUCUAUUAUUUGCAUCGUCGUCAAUCGCGCGCGCGUGGUCGAACCACUCGCGGGCCCCGGAGUUGGCUCGAGUGGAUCUCGAGGAGAGUUUCCAUGGCUGUGGUGUCAUCGCGCCCCAGCCAUGCGCCACUUGAGCUUCCUCUGGGUUUUGAAUUCUGCUGCUCCGAAGCCACGGCUCUCACCGGAGUGUGUUUGUCGGUUUUGUACCCAAUGGUUAAUGAGAACUCGGCACAAAGUAACUCGACACAUUCGUCAAUAACGCUGUGGCCGAUAAUUAUAUGUAUAUUUUUAAGCCAUUGUGUUAUUGACUGAGGUGUUUGUUGCCGAGUGUUUUUGUUGUUGUCAUCGGUGCUUGUGCACCACUGCCAACGGCGCAGCAGCAGCAGCAUCACCAAAUAAUAAUAAUGUGCACCAAAAUAAUGAUGUCUUUUGGCUUCAUGCUUCGGUAUGGCCUCGCUCAGGAGCAGAGUAGAAGAGCAGAGAAAACCACUUUGUCUGUUGCACAGCUGUGGAGCGCAGUUAGUAAGGUAGACCGGUGAAAAUUCUAGGAGGUGGAAAACCUUUCUAAUACUGUAUAUCCGGAUUGUUUCCCGACGUGACACGUUCAACACGACAGCUUAUCUAAUUUGACAUGCACAAUUACCCGCGUAAAACUCGUUUAUACAAUUAGGAUAUAAUUAGUGAUGAAUUCAUUAAAAGCUAAAAGAAACAAAUCUAAUUUCCCAAGGAUUUUCAGUGCAGUGGUAGCUUAGAAUAAACAACUUUGAAUGCACAUUGUGAAUUAUGUAUUAAAUAAAUAAUGACAAAUUCCAGAAAGGAUAUAAAAUAACUCUCUGCGUUAUGGCAAAUAAUAGAUUAUCUUUUGUGAAAUUAGUUUAAUCCUUGGUCAUUCAUGAGAAGAAUUUGGAUUUUCUUCUGAGGAGGCAUUUAGUAGGUGAAGGAAGGCAUGAUAGCCUCAUUGGAGAGGCAUGGGGAUUAGUGGGCCCAAGGUGGCGAGAUGUUAGCUCCCUCGCCUGGUAUGCAGGAGGUCGUGCGUGUCUCUCCUCAUAGUCGGUGGAUUUUUCUCCGGGUCUUCCGGUUUUUCCCUCCACAUUUAGAAUCAAAACGCGUUUAGAGUAUUUUGUCUGCUAUAAAUUUGCACAUGAUAGGCCACUUCGUUGAGCUAUCAUUUGUGGCCAGGUCGCUUCUGAAAAAGAGCCAUAUAGCUCCGUGAGCCUUACCUGGUAAAAUAAAAAAAUAGUUUAAAAUAAGUUGUAACAGUGGCUAGGGUGCAGUAAAUAGCAUGGCAUCUCAAGUUGUUUACUGAUAUCUUGCAUACUGUUCUAGCACCAAAGCAAAUCUAUAAAUUAAAUCUACUUCUAGCAUUUAAUAUAAAAAAACAGGUAACUUUUGUCCAUCAUUGAAAAAGAAAAAUGUGAAACAUGCUGUUAAAAUACGCAUCAUUUUCAUUCCACUUGUUAAAGUAUUUACAGUAAAAAAAUAUUUAAAAAUAUAUAUUGGUUUUAAUUUUAGUCACUGCCUAGUAGUGCCGUUCAGUAGUUCCAAAUGUAACCCUACCUCCAAAAUUAAAACUACCCCCACAGAAUUGACCUUAACAGUUGCAUUUAUAUGUCAUAUGUUAGUACGGUAUUUACUUUUAAAAAAAUACAGCGGUUUUAUAUUAUGUUCGGUAAUGAAAACAAAUCCUUUUGAAUAGAAAUUGAGAUGUCCGUGUGGUCCAAUACUCAUUUAGAAGCGGUACUGUAUUGAAUGGGAUGCUGGUUAACAUGGCUCGAUAUGAACCGGGGAGGUACAUCCACAACACGAGUCGCCAGUGUGCACUGGAGCGGAGCAUUCUGUUAUUCACAAUUUUGUCAACGUCUUAAUCAGUUAUUCUCAGUUGUGGGGGCCUCUUUAUCGUGAUAGCAUUUAGACAUUCGUACCUGUGUAUACCGCAAUGCCCAGAGGCAGCAUUGAAGCUCCGGAAUUGGAUGCUUCCCAUGCGAGUUUGAGCCAUGCCAGCAUGCCUUCUUCAGUUGAAUCCUCCGUUAAAGGUGAAUGUGCAAAUAUAAUUACCUAAGUGCUUGGAGAGGUGAGACAAUGGAAACGUGUGCGAAAACUUGAUUUAAAACCAAAACUUAAUAUUUAAGACUAAUUAAUCCUACAUUUCAAAAUGAGAGCAAGCGGUGCACUAUGUUUGUACUGUAUUUUACAUACAUGUACGUGUUUGUGAACGCAACUUAAAUUAUGUAUUUGUACAUAUUAGUUAUUUUAUUGCGACCGUUUAUGUACAAGCGUGCACGAACCGUGUUGCAUAAAAUGGUCCCACUUAAAAUGCUUUGCACACUCCCGUCGGAGUGUCUGAGAGUAUUUCUGACAACUGAACGAGAGGGAAUUAAAUGCCUCUCAAGGAACUUCCUUGAAAUAAAUGCAAUCACAUCGGGGUGACUUUGAGGCCUUGAAACGCACCUCCAUGGAAGAAAACCCCACACACACGUGCUCGCUAUUAAACACUGAGUUCUGCAUUACAAUAUGCUCUGCCAUUACUAGACGUGUCUGAAGAGAGUUUAAAUUGAAACGUUUCAUUGAUGGAUCGGCCUCGAGUUGCGAAGCGCAUCUUGAAUUGUUGAAUCGUCGUUCGACCUCUGUUGUGUUUGUGAAAUGUGACGUAAUCGUUUGACAUGCCUGCCAAUCAUUGUGUGUGUGUGUGAGAAUGUCCACAUCUUUUAAGCACUCUUGAUCGAUUGUUAUGAUGUAGCCUGAUGUUUGUCUUUUGUAUCGUUAUUUAGAGAUCUUAAUUCCAGGUGGUGUGUGACUUGCCUUCAACCUUGCAGCAGGGGUUUGGCCAUGGAUGGUGAAGGAUCAUGAUAAAUAUAACUCUUUGGUUCUUUCGGUAAAGUCACGUGGGUACAAAAUAAAAUAAAUUAAAUCACUGCGUUUCGGGCGCAACACAAGCGUCUGUCAUCAGGUGGGACAACCACAGCAAGACUUUACCGAAAGAACCAAAGAGUAUGGAUCCCUGCAGUCACAAAAACUUCAAAUCUAGAUAUAAUGAUAACUGUUGUUAUCAUCAUCUGUGAGCAGUUUAUUUGUGAAACGGCAUCGUAAAUUAAACAUAACAUCGCGUCUGAUUUGACAAACGAGGGGCCUCGUGACGCCUUUUAACCGAUUGUUUUUGAAGAGUCGGCGGUGAUGCAUGUCACGGUUUCUGUAUCCUGUGCAAUGUCAGGCUGUAAACAAUUGAGUUGCCUGCCCAAUUUGGAUUCGAUAAGCCACGCUGUGUAAUCCCGUACAAUUUUAACAUCACAGUAGUGGCUGCCUCGAGACCGUAUUUAUGUUUCUACAAACACUUCCUGUGCCUUAAACUUUGCUCAUUAUUGAAAUGGAUGUUUUGUAUUAUUUAGAAAUACAGCAUUGACCUUGACCCGUGCAACGACUCCUGUCUCCGUGGAAGUUCAUGAAUUAUAACAUCACUGGCAGUUGCAAGUUGACAUUGUUAUUGAUGUAAAUGCCGACAUUAAACUGCUGAAUUAUUCCACGAAUUUCACAACAAUGAGUCGUCGAGCUGUACUCGUGUCACUGACGGGUUAAAAGUAGACACGUACGCCUCAAAGGCAAAUAUGAACUGCAAUGCAGCUGUCAUAGGAAUGAUCGAGGUGGAAUAGAUGCACAACCCCGUUUUUGUAUAUGUGUGUACGUAUGUUGAACUUCUUUCGCACCGUACGUAAUCAAUACGUGAUUUUACUUGGGGAAAACUUUGCUGAGUCUUAAGAUCCCUUUUCUCAGGAGGGUCCUGCUUUGGUCUGUCUUUACCAAAUUCUUAGUGAAUAUUUUGUUUCGUUUUUUUUCUCUCCUUGGGAGGAAAUCCACAGGAGGCCCCGCCCACUGUGAAAGCAGACGCCGCUCCGUGCAGCUCAUUACUACUUGCCUCCUGCCUUCUCAUCCUCUCUAUCUCCUCCCCUCUUAUCGUCACCCUCUCUCAAUUUUGGAUGGUCAUCAAACAGAGACGGUCGCUGUAUGCGCAUCUGCGGCCGUCUGGAAUGCUCUUCCUUCCGAUAUUAGGAAUCCGCUGGAGCUAUGCACUUUUAAAUCUAGAUUGAAAACUAAUUUCUUUAUAACUGAUUUUUGUAUUUAGUUUGCUGUCCUAGCCCUCCCCCAUCCCGCACCUAUUAGCACAGUUGGCUACGUACGGUGCGAAAAAAGUUCAAUGUACAAAAAUCCCCAACAUUUUGGCCUGUUAAUUUCUUCUCCUCAUUCCUACAUGAUGCUCCUUCCUGCUGCUCAUCUUCAGCUGUGCCUUCUUUGUCCGUCUUAAGAACUUCCAUGCUGGCAAACCCUUCCCUUUCCCGGUCAUCUCUUCCCUUUCCUGAUCAUUCCUUCCCUUUCCCAGUCGUCUUGUCCUCCUGCUGUCUGCUGCCCAUUUGCACAACUGACUAUUCCCCUUCCCAUGAUGCUGUGCCACAGGUAAUACGUUUUGUAUAUACCCAUAAAAAUAACAACACAGACAGGACAUUGACCGACUUGCUAUACUGCUUCCGGCAGGCACCUUGCCACCCUAAAGUUGGGUAUAUUGUGCACACGAAGUCUCACCCAAAGCCACGAGUUCUGCCCCAAAUGCAGUAACGUGUAAGCAGCUGAUUAUUUAAUAAUAAUCAAGUAAAAAAAUAAAAAUAAAACAUAAUGAAAUAAU